AGUGGGCAAAAUGUUCCACUGCCUGGGUCAGGAGAACCCAGGAAGGCAGGUCACUGGGCACAGGAUUUCCAGGAGCAGGCUGGGAAUCGUUAUUGGCCAGUUUAGCUGGACAUCAGGGGCUGGCAUGUCGGGCUGUGCAGCGGGCAGAGGCACGUCAGCGGGCACCGAGUCAUCUGGCACGACAGCGGGCACCGAGUCACCGGGCACGUCAGCAGCGGGCACCAAGCCAUCUAGCAGAACCGCGGGCACAGAGUCACCUGGCAAGUCAGCGGGCACCGAGCCACCGGGCAUAUCAGCAGGCACCGAGCCAUCUAGCAGAACCGCGGGCACAGAGUCACCUGGCAAGUCAGCAGGCACCGAGUCACCGGGCAUGUCAGCGGGCACCGAGCCAUCUAGCAGAACCACAGGCACAGAGUCACCUGGUAAGCCAGCGGGCACCGAG